AUGAGCCGUCUGCAGAGUCUAUUACAUCUAUCGUAUCGGUCUGCGAUCGUAAUUUCCUUAUAUUGCAGGCAAUUUGUUAAGGGUAGCAACACCGUGGAAGAAAUUUACAUCGUAAAGUCGGACUGUUUGAGUCUUAAAAAUGAAAACAUUGACAACGGCGAUAUACCGUCUAAUGUAUACGAUGCUGCCCAGCAUUGUGUGCAUGAAACCAGCGAUAAAACCGAUACGAAUAUUAAUAAUUGCAACACGAAAUAUAGUGUUGCUAUGCCAGCACAAAAAUACAUCGAUAUAGAUGAAAAAUCAAAUUUAGAAGCAACGCCAGAGUCAACAGAUAAAACAUAUUGUAAAAGCGAUUGGCGCCAAAAUGUAUCAUCUUCGCAAGCACAAUUAAAGGCCGAUCGACUGAUUUGCAAUCUGUGUGCGGUAAAAUUUGAUACAGUAAUAAGCUUUAAGAAACAUCUAACGCUGAGCCAUCAUCACAUGCUACCAUUUAAAUGUAAAUCGUGUGCUUGUAAGGAAAUCAGAAGCGUUCUAAUGCUGAACAAACAUUUUGCUCAACACGAUCUUAGCAAGCUGUACCAAUGUAGGUACUGCAAGGCACGUUUCGAUUCGACAGCGCGAUGUGCAUCACACCAGCGUCAAUACCAUUCAGAUGAGUUAGGGAACCAUGUGUAUUGCGAGGAUUAUAACGUUGGAAGAUACACUUGUCGGUAUUGUGAGAAACGAUUCAUCGCUAAAGCCAACUUCGAACGUCACGAACGCAAUCAUGAGAAAACGCUGGCUCUAGCAGGAGAGACGAAUAUUUUUGAUUUUCAGCACCAUUGCUAUGUAUGUGGUAAGCAAUUUAACUCUAAACAAACACUGCAUGAACAUUUGAAUGUGCAUGUAGAUCGGUUGCCUUUUCGUUGCGAUAAAUGUGCUUCAACUACCGAGAUAAUACAAUCCGUUUGCUCAUUGAACAAACAUAUUGCGUUGCACUUAGAGAAAAAGCCCGUUAAAUGUAUCUACUGUGAAGACAGGUUUAUUUCCAUCAAGGAGUGCGAAGCACACGAAAUGCUAAAUCAUUUAGAAGCAAAAGCUUCUAGCAUUUGUAUGCGUGCGGAGAACAAUACAGAGGACGAAACUUCAAAAUUGACUAAAAGCGUACCCAAAGAUGGAGCCUUGCGGUACGAAUGUUCGUUUUGUAAUAAAUCUUACUCACUUUUAAGCACUUUACGUAGGCAUGAAAAUGUACACACCGGAAAGAGACAAUUCAUAUGUAAAAUUUGUGGUAAAAUGUUCAAAAAAUCGUCAUGCCUUUCACAACACGAACGCACGCAUCGAAAUGAAUAUCCUUACAAAUGCAGCUACUGCGGAAAAGGAUUCAAGCAAAUAAUUCGUUUGAUUGAACAUAGGCGUAUACACACGGGCGACAAACCUUUUCAGUGUAAUCAUUGCACAAUGCGCUUUCGUUUAAAAUCGUUGCUCAAAGAACACAUAGCAAAAUGUAAUAUUAAUCAAGCGCCAGGACUAGAAAUUCGCUGUGCAUUUUGUGACCAGUUAUUUUCCAGUAAACAGUUGUUUAUGAAACAUGCGAUGGAACUACAUGUGCAGCACAUGCCCAAGGACGGAAAAUGUAGAUUUUGUGAUAUGAAACUAAAAUCUGUUACGAUUUUAAUUGAACAUGAGUUGCGGCAUCGACUACCGGGUGUAAUUGAAUGUAAGCAGUGUGGAAGAAUCUUUAAACAGCAGUCUAACUUAAAACGACACCAGCGACUGCACACUAUUAACGCUAUGCCGCACAAGUGUGACCUGUGUGAAAAAUCAUUUUCACAACUAAGUACAAUGAAAGUGCACAGACGGGUGCAUACUGGAGAAAACCCGUACAAAUGUAAGCUUUGUGAGAAAGAAUUUCAACACAGUUCUAGCAAGACCCGUCAUGAGCGCUCACAGCACAAGCAGGGAAGCACAUUAUUAUGAUCAUUUCUUUGCACUGGAAAUACAAUCAGAAAUGGGACUUACGAUGAAAUCAAUGCAUCAUAG